AUGCGGGCAGCUGAGGCGACGGCGGCAAAGGACGGAAGAGGAAGGAGACCUGAGGAAGCAGGAGGACAACAUGCGGAAGAGGGAGGCGACGGCAGGCCACAAGGACCGGCAAAGGGAGGGAAAGAGGCGGCACACCUGCGGGAAGAGAGGAGCAGGAGGAAGAGGGAGGCGACGGGAGGCAGCGGAGGAAAAGGAGGCCAACACAGGGAGGCAAGGCAAAGGACGGAAAACGGCGGCAGCGGAGGAGAAGGGGAACUAGGAGGAAAAGGCGGGACAAGAGGAGGAACCGGCGGCGAGGAGGAGACGGAGGCCGAGGAGGAGCAGGCGGAGAGGGGACGGCGCGAUGACACAGGCAGGCCCCGGGCGGCACCGGACGGGCACAGGCGGACACUCCGGGAGGAAAGGGAGGAACGGAGGCAAAGGAGGCAACGGCGGGACCGGCGGCCAACGGUCUGCCGGAGGCCGCGGAGGAAACGGAGGAAGAGGCGGAGCCAGGGGAAGCGGAGAGAAGGAGACGAGAGGCCCAACGGCGGCAAAGGGCGGACUGCGGAUGGACAAGGAGGACGCAGGCGGCGCAAGGGGCAAGGGGCACGGCCCACAAGACGGCCGAGGCGGCCAGGCGGCGAGAGGAGGGCGCCGGGCGGCAAGCACGGCGGCGCCAGCGGCGCGGCGGACGAUGGGAGGCACGGAGGCAACGGGGCAACAGGAGGGGACCGGCGGACCCACGGCGGCCGGCGGCAAAGGCGGACACGGGGGGGCGGACACAGGCUGGCACGGCGGCCCGGGAGGCCGCGGAGGACAAAGGAGGCCGCUGCGGCGACGGCGGACAGGCGGCGGCGAAGCAGGACGAGGAGGACAGCGGCGGCACACGGAAGGCAAGGCGGCACACGGGAGUACAAGGCCGGCCAAGGAGGGCCCCGGAGGAACCGGGCGGAAACGGAGGAACCAGGAGGACGCGAGCGGCGGAACGUGCGGACCAGGCGGACACGGCGGGAACGGACGCACAGGGGAGGGCAACGGCAGGCAAGAGGAGGGCCGGAGGACACGGAGGCAACGGGAGGAAAAGUGAGGAACCGGCGAGGAGGGCAGGCCCAGGGCACGGGCCAAGCGGCCCAGGCGUGCGGCAAGGAGGCCCAGGUGACACCCGGUGAGGCCCGGCGGCCCAGGGCGGACCCGGCGGAAUACGGCGAGGGACACCAGGCGGGCCAGGCGGCACGGAGGCCCCGUGCGGACACCAGGGCGGCACAGGAGGACCAGGGAGGCUCAAGGCGGGCACAGGCGACCCGGACGGACCAAGGGGCUGGACCACGGCCAGCCCCGGGGGGGGGAGGCAAGGAGGACAAGGGAGGGCACAGGCGGGACCCGGAGGCCGGGGCAACGGGGAGGCAACACAGGAGGCACGGAGGAAAAGGCUGCAUGGAGGAGAAGGAGGGACGCAGGCGGCGAAGGUAG